CGGGCGCUGGGCGCAUGCGCGCGCGUCUCCUUUCGCCGGCCGCUGAGCUCCGCGGCGCGGAAUAGAAUGAACUCUAACAAAACAAGCCGAGCCUUUGUAUCUGCUUAAAGGGGCCGCAGGCACUUCCCUCCUGUCCCCCCAGCCCCCGCUCCGCAACCGCGUCUCCAGGGCUCCCAGCAACUGGCUGCGAGGGCUUCCCUCGCCCUCAGGAACAACCCGCCAGCGAGGAGAGGCGAGCCAGGCGGGAGGCAAAGAGGAGACACCGCAUUUCUGAGGCAAGAAAGGAAGGAAGGGAGGAAAAAAAAAAAGAAAAUAGCCCAAACGGCGCACAGUGGACUCUGGCCCGGAGCACGGUGGAGCGCUGGAACGUGGGCUGAGGAGCACCGGAAUGCAAACAAAGCUCGCGGGCGCCUGUGCACGGCUCGCGGGGAAGCCCAGAAAGUUUGUGUUAUGAUGACUUGAGUGCGCGAGUGUGCAGAGGAUCGAGGCUGCCAAGUUUCUCUCUCCCUUUGCGUUAUCUGGGGGGGCGAUGUGCCCCCCAUGAACCAGAGGAGGCUUGGGGGCUUGUGCUGUGGGGGCACCUGUCUCUCACUUUAUUAUCAUUUUUCUGUGGUGGGGAGAGGAGCGUAACCCACCAUGUCGAAAGUGAUUCAGAAGAAGAACCACUGGACUAGCAAGGUUCACGAAUGCACGGUGAAGCGGGGACCCCAGGGCGAGCUGGGGGUGACGGUGCUGGGGGGAGCGGAGAACGGCGAGUUUCCGUAUGUGGGGGCGGCGGCCGAGGCGGCGGGGCUCCCCGGCGGCGGCGAGGGCCCCCGGCUGGGCGAAGGGGAGCUGCUGCUGGAGGUGCAGGGCAUCCGGGUGUCCGGCUUGCCCCGCUACGACGUGCUGGGAGUCAUCGACAGCUGCAAGGAGGCCGUCACCUUCAAAGCCGUCAGACAAGGAGGGAAGCUGAACAAGGACCUGCGACAUUUCCUCAAUCAGCGGUUCCAGAAAGGGUCUCCUGAUCAUGAGCUCCAGCAGACCAUAAGAGAUAACCUUUACCGCCAUGCUGUGCCUUGCACAACCCGAUCUCCAAGAGAAGGAGAGGUGCCUGGUGUGGACUAUACCUUUCUGACUGUGGAAGAGUUCCUGGACCUUGAGCACACUGGGACCCUUCUGGAAGUCGGCACCUAUGAAGGAAACUAUUAUGGGACACCCAAACCUCCUAGCCAGCCAGUCAGUGGGAAAGUGAUCACGACGGAUGCCUUGCAAAACCUUCAGUCUGGCUCCAAGCAAUCGACCCCAAAGCGAACCAAGUCCUACAAUGAUAUGCAAAAUGCUGGCAUAGUCCAUGCGGAGAAUGAGGAGGACGAUGACGUUCCUGAAAUGAACAGUAGCUUUACAGCCGAUUCCGGUGACCAAGAAGAGCACACUCUCCAAGAAACAACUCUGCCACCUGUGAAUAGUAGCAUCGUUGCUGCUCCCAUCACGGACCCUUCUCAGAAGCUCCCUCAAUACCUACCUCUUUCUGCAGAGGAUAAUUUAGGUCCUCUACCUGAGAACUGGGAGAUGGCCUAUACCGAAAAUGGAGAAGUCUAUUUUAUAGACCACAACACAAAAACAACAUCUUGGUUAGACCCUCGGUGCCUGAACAAGCAGCAGAAACCUCUGGAAGAAUGUGAAGAUGAUGAAGGGGUCCACACCGAGGAGCUGGACAGUGAACUAGAACUGCCUGCUGGCUGGGAAAAGAUUGAAGACCCUGUCUAUGGUAUCUACUAUGUAGACCACAUCAACAGGAAGACACAAUAUGAAAACCCAGUUUUAGAAGCCAAACGGAAGAAGCAGCUUGAGCAGCCGCCGCAGCAGCCGCCGCAGCAGCCGCCGCAGCAGCCGGAAGAGUGGACAGAAGAUCAUUCAUCGCAUGUGCCUCCUGUUAUUCCAAACCACCCCCCAAGCAAUCUGGAACCGGCCAGAGAAGCUCCUCUUCAGGGCAAACCCUUUUUUACACGAAACCCUUCUGAGUUGAAAGGCAAAUUCAUUCACACGAAGCUGCGGAAAAGCAGUCGCGGGUUUGGCUUCACUGUCGUUGGAGGGGAUGAACCUGACGAGUUUCUGCAGAUCAAGAGCUUGGUCCUCGAUGGCCCUGCCGCAUUGGACGGCAAGAUGGAAACAGGUAGAGAUGCCACUUGGCCCUGGCCCUUCCUGGGUGGUGAGACUGCUCCCCGGCACCUAAACAAGACCGAACGACAUCAUGACCUCAUCAGUUUAUACAUGUCCUUUAAAAGCUAUAUGCUAAUGAUUUCUUCCCCCCUUCCCUCCUUGUUGCAUUUUUUUCCAGGGCUGCCAGUUCCCAAGAAGAGCCCAAAGUCGCAACCACUGGAAAGAAAAGACAGCCAGAAUAGUUCUCAGCACAGUGUUUCCAGCCACCGAAGCUUGCACACAGCAUCCCCAAGCCACAGCACGCAGGCGCUUCCCGAGUACCCACCUGCAGAGGCCCCAGCUCCAGAUCAAACCGACAGCUCUGGGCAAAGGAAACCAGAUCCUUUUAAAAUCUGGGCCCAGUCCAGGAGCAUGUAUGAAAACCGACUUCCAGAUUACCAAGAACAGGACAUCUUCCUCUGGAGAAAAGAGACUGGAUUUGGAUUUAGGAUUCUGGGUGGCAAUGAACCAGGGGAACCUAUUUAUAUAGGUCACAUCGUUCCACUGGGUGCUGCUGACACGGACGGCCGCCUAAGGUCUGGGGAUGAAUUAAUCUGUGUGGAUGGGACACCAGUAAUUGGAAAAUCACACCAGCUUGUGGUCCAGCUUAUGCAACAAGCUGCCAAGCAGGGCCACGUCAAUCUCACAGUGCGGCGGAAAAUGGUGUUUGCAGCCCCCAAAGCCGAGAACGAGGUGCCCUCGCCAGCCUCGUCCCAUCACAGCAGCACCCAGCCAGCAUCGCUGACGGAGGAGAAGCGCACCCCGCAGGGCAGCCAGAACUCCCUGAACACGGUGAGCUCGGGCAGCGGGAGCACGAGCGGCAUCGGCAGCGGCGGCGGCGGCGGCAGCGGCGUGGUGAGCACUGUGGUGCAGCCCUACGACGUGGAGAUCCGGCGUGGCGAGAACGAGGGCUUCGGCUUCGUCAUCGUGUCGUCGGUGAGCAGGCCCGAGGCGGGCACGACUUUCGGUCGGAUUAUUGAGGGAAGCCCUGCUGACCGCUGUGGCAAGCUGAAAGUAGGAGACCGGAUCUUGGCAGUGAAUGGAUGUUCCAUCACCAACAAGUCCCACUCAGACAUUGUCAACCUAAUCAAGGAAGCGGGAAACACAGUUACCCUCCGCAUCAUUCCUGGGGAUGAAUCUUCAAAUGCCACUUUGCUGACCAAUGCCGAGAAGAUUGCCACCAUCACCACCACGCACACCCCUUCUCAGCAGGGGGCCCAGGAGAGCAGGAAUACCACCAAACCAAAGCCGGAAUCUCAGUUUGAGUUCAAAGCACCCCAGGCGACACAGGAACAAGAUUUUUAUACUGUGGAACUGGAAAGAGGAGCCAAGGGAUUUGGCUUUAGUCUCCGAGGGGGCCGAGAGUAUAACAUGGACCUUUAUGUUCUGCGUUUAGCGGAAGAUGGCCCCGCAGAAAGGUGUGGAAAGAUGAGGAUUGGUGAUGAAAUUUUGGAGAUCAAUGGUGAGACCACUAAAAACAUGAAGCAUUCUCGGGCUAUAGAACUAAUUAAGAAUGGUGGCCGCAGAGUGCGUCUGUUUCUGAAGCGGGGAGACGGCUCAGUCCCAGAAUAUGACCCCAGCAGCGACCGGCACGGCCCCCCCACCGGUCCCCAAGGUGUUCCGGAAAUGAGGGCCGGGCCACCCGACCGCCGACAGCAUCCAUCACUGGAGUCCAGUUUUCCACCCGAUCUUCACAAAUCAUCACCACAUGGGGAAAAGCGGGCACACGUGAAAGAUCCGAAAGGCAGCAGAGAGUACAGCAGACCCCCGAACGAACAUCACACAUGGAAUGGAACUUCUAGAAGAGCUGACAGUGGGGCGUGUCGACCCAAGGACCGGGCACCGGAGGGGCGGCGGGAAGCACAGCCUGAGCGGACAGUGACCAACGGCCCCAAGAGGAGGUCCCCUGAGAAGCGACGGGAGGGCACCCGGAGCGCGGACAACACCCUGGAGAGGAGGGAGCUGCACGAGAAGAGGAGAGAGGCCUCCCCGGAGAGGAGGCGAGAGCGGUCACCCACCCGCAGGAGGGCCGGCUCGCCCAGCCGUCGGAGGAGGUCCCUGGAGAGACUCUGGGAGCAGAAGCGCUCCCCAGAGCGGAGGAGAGGAGGCUCCCCCGAGAGGAGGGCCAAGUCCACCGACCGGAGGCGGGCGCGGUCCCCGGAGAGAAGGAACAGAGAGGACAAAGCCGGCCCCCGAGGGAGAGAAGAGGUGAGCCCGAAACAGGACGUGGGCAGGAGUUCCAGACACCCCCCGGAGCAGAGGAGGCGACCUUACAAAGAAUGUAGCACCGACCUCAGUAUCUGAGACUCUGAAUCACAUUCCAACCUUUACUGUGUCAAAGGUUCUAAGAAGAAGGUCACAAACCUGAAAUCAUUUAGUUUCUUACCUAAUGAAGCAUCUGACACUUGGUGAUCCUCUGAAUAGCAACAAACAUUUUAUGCAUUUGAAAUCUUACAAGAAAAAAAAAAAAUAUAUAUAUAUAUAUGAAAAGUGUUGUGCCUGAUGUAUAAUAUUAAAGUAUUUUUAAAUGCAUACUUUUUUGGAAAUUAUUUGCCAAAUGCUGCCCCAAAGGGUUAUAAAUUUUGUUUCUACAUGAACUGUAGAAUUGGCAAGACUUGUUCCCUUUUGGGGGUGAAUCUUUUUCUCUCCUGGUUAAAUAGGGCUGUUGAUCAUUUUCUCUAAGUAAGGGAAGUUACUGAUUCGGUUUAGUUAAGUUGGUAGAGAUUGUUAUGUAGUGAUGUAGUGCUAUCCUGUAGUUAACAGUUUUUCUUAAAGAACAAAAAAAGCAAAAGUUAUAUUUGUAAAAAUGAGAAUUCUUUGGGAUGGAUUAGGAUUUGCUGAUGAUCCUAAGAUUCAUCAGACUGUAUGUAGAGACUACUAUUACAAAUGAAGGAUAUUUAUAGCUAAACUAUACAGCACAAAGAAAUGUUACAUCCUCGAGUCCUAGUUGGUUCAGAAGACAGCUCAUACUCUCCCUGGCCAUAGCAAGGCCCGGAGAGAAGGAGGUUGGCUGCCAGUACCCAAAGGCAGCCCAAGCACAGAUGGUCAAGUUCAUUACCAUCACCAAUACCCUAAUAAGAUCUCAUUAAGGCAGUGCCAUCACAGAUUUGCUCAACUACCAGAAGGAAUGGAAAACAAACACCUUCUGUGUUGUCUGAUUUGAGGCUGAAUAGUAGAUGGAAUGGGGGACAGCACGUCCAGUGUGAGGGAGAAAUAAGAAUCCCCAAUACAGAAAGUAUGGUCUCCUUUUCAUCAUAAGCCCAAGGUUGUGCUUUGCCAAAUUGGGGAGGAGGGAACAUUCGCGCCUUGGUGGACCUCACCUCUCUGUUGAUGCUUAAACAAGUGAAGAAUAGGAAUGCUUAUUCUUAGAAAUGAUGAUGUCCCUUUGAAGCCAGCAUAAAAGCCUCCAGAUGAUUGGAGGGGAAGAAGGACAAUGCCAAUGGUUAUAGGUCCUGUUGGCAAAUCUCUGCGCUCAUGACCCUGCCCUUUGAGUUGUUGGACAGCAGAACAAAACAUAAUGAUGUUUCUUUUCUAAAAGACCAUUCUUUUGCAGUCCCGCAGGAGGUGUAGUUAGGUCUGCUGUAGCCCCAGGAUGUGGUUGAGAUUACUGCCUAGCUGAGCCAAAACGUUUGCUUGUACCUGUUGGACCAUGACAGCAAACCGCUGCUUAUAAUGCAUUGUGUAUUCUCGUAGUAUUGUUUUCAUUUUCCAUACAGACACAAAACUUUGCAAGUCAAUCACUGUUGUUUUCAUGGUACUGUUAAGAAAAAAAGGAAAAAGAAGAAAAAAGAAAAAAAAAACAGAAAGCCAGCCAAUAAUUGUGUGUACAAAGUUAAAAAUUGUAAUUAAUAGAGCCUGUUUAAAAAAAAACAAAAAACAACUGUUGCCUUUUUUUCUGUAUAAAAGAGAAUUUAUGACAAAAAAUUUAGCUGUGAGGAAUGUGAUAUGUGUUUAUAUUUCUGAAUAUGGAACAAAUUGAUUCAUUGGGAUAUAUUUUGAUGUAACCUAAAUCAGGUAUGUAAAGCUGUUUUAAAAUGGGAGACUAUAUAUGUAAUUCUCUGAAGCUUUAGUUGGUUUGAAUAUCAUCAUUUCCUCCACAGUGAGCCUGCUUGUAAAUUAUUAAGGACUUGUUAGCAUUCUCUGUUCUUCACUCAUUUCUUGCAGUGUGCUAUGGACCUAAAGCUCUUCCUGUAUUGAUGAAAAGCAGUAUGUGGGCCAAUCUUUUUAUAAAACACUAUGCAUAUAUAAAUAUUACAUUGUUCAUAGCUUUA